CUGUUGAUUAAUAGUUAACUUUCAAAUUGAUUCUGCAAAUAUUUAUUUCGCCUAUUAAUUGAAGAUGUCAUACUUGUGUAUACUCCUUUCAUUGUUGUAGAUAUGAUGUUAUGUUCUUUUGGUUCCUUUUCAGUUUGCUCUAUAAAGAAUGAAGCUAAACAUGAAAAAUCUGUUUGCAGGAUAAAACUAAUAAACUAUCUAAGCUAUGCAAAACGCAGAUCCAUGCACAUGUGUGAUUAUGAAAUCUCUUAGCUGAUUCACAUAUCCAAAAUUCACAUGUAAUUUCAGUAGCUCGUCCUGGCAUUUAGGAAUUUUCUUGUUCAUCAUUAAUUUAAUCCUUCCUAGCCUGGAUUUUACUAAGAAUCUUAUGAAAUACGAAUACAAGACUGCAACACUUGUGGUUGUAUUCUUUUUGUUUGGAAACCGCUGAAUCGUACUAAACUUGGAAGGCUGUGGCAAUCCAUUCAGGAUGGUACUUGAUACUUCCGCUGUAUACGUCAUGUAUAUUCAUUCACACAGUCAAUGAAGGUAGUUUCUUUAGCAGUUUAUCGAUUGAUUAGAUUACCAGUUCAUGAUGCCUACCAUACCAGACUAGUGAAGUCUGGGAGGAAUGGCUAACCACUAAUGUUAGAUUAACUUGACCAUUGAUAUCUGGAUACUCGGGAUCUUAUACUCUCAUUGUAAUGUUAGUUUUUUAUUCUAGAAUUAUGAAACCUAUUCGAGAAAUUGUUGCAUCAUAGUAAUGGAUCUUAUAGUUAUAGCUAUGACAGUUGUUGUGUUAAUAUUGGUUCCCGUCAUGUAAUUCUGAGAAAGUGAAUGUGCGAUAUUUGGAUAUGGUAGGUUAAUUUUCGCCCUGACAGUAUAAUCUUCAUUUUACCUUGGGCUCUUGAUCACUUUUAUUCGUUCCGGCCAAUGGUGACUCGAUCAAAACUAUAAUCAGAUCUCACUACGAGACAUGUAUUAUGGAAAAUUCGCUCUGACUGUCAUCAGAUUCGCAACUCGUCAAAAGCGUGCAGCUCGUAGAGAUGCUAAGAGAGCUUUGAAAAAUCUUAUUUUCACGAGGGGGUCUCCAAAUCAACCAUUUGAGGAUGACCGUCCAAUAAAGAGCAGCUGUAAAGUGAGCAACGAAAACUUAAAACAGGACAGCGAUUCUGAUUGUUCGAGUAAGAAGCCUGGAUCAAAGAAGACUCGUCGGUCACGAAAUGCCGGAAAAAAACAUUCCUUUGGAAACAAUCGUAAGUCAAGAAGAGAGAGCUUUGAUGACUUCGAUUUAAAUCCAGAGCGAAUCUUUCGGGCAGCAUCUGAAGGCAAACAUUUUACUUGGUCCUUCUGGUCAUGGGAAGACUUGCAUUCUCGAAAUCCCAAUACUGGGUUCGAGUGGAGAGACUAUAACCCAAACUGGAGAAAUGAUAGGAGAAAAACGUGGAAUGCUUCUAGUGAAUCUGAAGAUGAGAAUGAGCCCUGUGGUGUAGGCUCACGUUCUGAUAGAACAAUUCUUGGAUUGCCAUUGACGGGCCCCUUAAAAAUGGAGGAUGUCAAAAGCGCUUUCCGCAUAUCCGCAUUAAAAUGGCAUCCUGACAAGCACCAAGGGCCUUCACAGGCAGCGGCGGAAGAGAAAUUCAAAGUCUGUAAUGAUGCCUAUAAAUCUCUGUGCAAUGCUCUUUCUUCAACAUAAGCUGAUGGUAUCUGGAGUUCUUUGUAGGUUUGUCUCCAAAUGAGUUGAUGGUAUCUCAUUCAAUGCACUUUUUUUUCAAUAAUUUUAAUCAAGUUAUCCAAGUUAUUUUGGUAAAGCCCUUCUAGACUGUCCAGCCUGACACCACGGGUAAACUAACAAUGGUUCUGUUGGUAAUAGCGUUUGUAAUGUGGGAAGCUACCACUGAAAGCAUAGGAUUAGGUAGAUUAUUUCCCAUUUUAAAAGGGAAUUGUAAAGGAAUUCUUUUGAAGAAAUGUUUUUUUUGUAUGAAAUGGGAAAACCUUUAUUUGGCUUUGAACCUCUUGUUGUAAACUUUUUGCUUGCUAAUAAAGGUUAGUCACUGCAUCAACUUUA